GAGACUUCCUCUAGAGGGAGCUGAGCACAGCCGGCACCGGCGGCGGGCACCUCUAGGAUCUGAGCGGCUACGCGGGUCCCUUGCGAGGGGCGGCAGUGGCCGCCUGCACUCGGGAAUGUUCUGACGGAGGCCAGUUCCGGGAAGCCCGCCCGAAGCACCUACCUGUGGAGCUUAGACCUGGGCCCCGCUGAACCACCCCACUGGCUGGAGCACAGACAGGCUGACACUGUCACCCACUAAGACCUGAACGAUGGCAUCUGACCAAGGCCCAGGUCCCCCUGACGACGAGGGGUGCAGUGAGGCCUCCUCACUGUCUGAAAAGGGUAAGCAAAGGCAGGUGGCCCGGGACACCGAGGAGGUUUUCCGAAGUUACGUGUACUACCGCCACCAGCAGGAGCAGCAGCAGCAGCAACAGGAACAGGAGGGCGAGGGGGCAGCUGUGUCCACUGACCCCGAGAUGGACACUUUGCCCCUAGAUCCAAGCAGCACCCUGGCCCAGGUGGGUCGGCAGCUGUCCGUCAUCGGAGACGACAUCAACCGGCGCUACAACUCUGAGUUCCAGAGCCUGCUGCAGCAGCUACAGCCCACAGCAGACAACGCCUAUGACCUGUUCCUCAAGAUUGCCUCCAGUCUGUUUAAGAGCGGCAUCAACUGGGGCCGUGUGGCGGCUCUGCUGGCCUUUGGCUAUCGCCUGGCUCUGCACGUCUACCGGCAAGGUCUGUCUGGCUUCCUGGGCAAGGUGACCAGGCUGGUGAUUAACUGCAUGCUGCACUACUGCAUCGUCCACUGGAUCGCCAAGGAGGGUGGCUGGGAAAAAGCCGUUAGGUGGGUUAAUGACCCCAUCCUGAUCGUGGGGGCAAUCCUUGGCCUGGUUCUGGUGGGAGAAUAUGUGGUACGAAGAUUCUUCAAGUCAUCCUGACCCGUGGGGGCCCUCUACGGCCUCAGCUUAGACACCUGCCUGCAUUUCAACCCAGACUCCUCCCUCAACUCCCCCCUGCAGGAGUUCCCCCUACCCCGAGUACAGAAGCUUUAGCAAAUGAGCACCCCAGCAUCAGGGGGCCCUGCCUGGGGGUCAUUCAAGCUGCAUAAAAGCCCCAACUUUGCAUGGUGCUAGCAGCCCCUCUCCGGCCUCCAUCCUGCCGGAGGGGGGUCUGUAACUUCCUUCCCCAGCUGUCCUGGAACCCCCUGACCUUCCUUCCUCAGCUGCCUCACCUGCUGAGAGGAGGAAGAGAUGCCCAGACUCAGCAUAGCUCCUGGGGCAGGCUGGCUGGGAUGGGGGUCCAAAGUCCUGCUCCCCACCCCAUACUGCCUUUGUGGCUGGACUCUCAGGGAUUCUGAGCCAGGGUCAGGGCUGGGGUCAGGGUCAGGGUCAGGGUCAGAGCAGUCUGUAGAGUCCAUCAAGACCUCCCAGCCUGGCUCCCUGUCCUCGUCCUCCCCUCCCCCCCCAAAAAAAAAAAAAAAAAAAACUGACUCCCAGUCACUGUAUGACCUAUGGUGCACAGUGAGGACCUCACCCCAUUCCCCAGGGGCCUUUCUAACGGGCUUCCUGAGGCCUCUUUUUGACCCAAUUCCAACACAGGGGCUUGGGAUGGGGGCUCACCUGGAGAUGUCUUGGUGGGAGGGGCCCCAGGAGCUGGGUUGUCACUCCUGGCCUGGGUACUGUAAUCCGUGGAUAUAGCUGGGGAAACCGUGAAUACUUGAGCUCCACCCCACCCCACCCACGCUCCAUGCUCCUGGCCUGCCGAGGCCCUCUUGGUGGUGGGUGUGAGGAGGGCAGUGGAGGCCUGGGGGGCUUGGAGAGAAGUCCUUGAUAAAGCCAAAUGCAGGGAGAGGUUUUAGGUGGUGGUGCCUGCUGGCGAGCCUCUGAUGGUGUUUGCAAAUAAAG